GUCAGCCGUAGUCCCUGGGUCUGGCACUAUGAAUCAGUCUCUAUCAAGAUCAUGCAGGAUUCCGGUAAACCCUCCGCACUCGCCUGUGUACCCUGUCGGCGCCGCCAUCUGAAAUGCGAUGCGCGCAUGCCCAUCUGCACUCGGUGCCAGAACAAUAAUCAUGAUUGUCGAUAUGUCCGAUCACGUCGCGGGCUGCGGAGUAACAAGGCAGGCCCUGGACCGACAGCGGAAGAGGAGGCCGAUGCUCUAUUCUCGUCGAAUAUCAUGAACUGGCUGGAUGCCUCAUUUCUAGAUCCAGAUUGCCUCCUCGACAUUCCUGACCUGAGUCUUGAUAUUUUUCAGCAAGAGCCAGCGCCAUCAUCGCCAACGCCCGUGCAUAUCCCUCAUACCGAGGAUAUCACCCAUGAUGCUAUGGUUCAGCUCUACUACCACCACUUUCAUAGAUCGCAUCCUAUACUGUUACCGAGACGGGCGCUGGCAUCGUCCGUUGCACAGCAUGUACCGGAUUAUAUUCCGGACAUCAUGCGCUACAUCGGCAGUCACUAUGCUUCUGCUCCAACGCUCAAGGAUGGUUUUUAUCAGUCUGCUUACACCGUUCUCACCGCCCCGAAAGAUGGCUUUCAAGCUCAAGGCCUCCUUCUGCUCAGCAUCCUGGAGCAUUCGCAUGGUCGCGAAGAGGCCGCACGGCGACUUCUCCGGGAGGCCAUCCAGGUUGCAUACAGCGUCGGCAUGCAGACCCAGGCGUUUGCCCCAGAGAACUCCCACGGCUACCCCGUGUUGGAGGAAAGCUGGCGACGAACCUGGUGGGAGCUCUACGUCACGGAGGGACUCAUGGCCGCCAUGGGCUCCGGGCAAUGCGGGGUGCUUUCUUCAGGCUGGGAGGAGUCCGAUGUGUGGCUCCCUUUACCAGAGGAGACCUACAACAUGGUUGCAGGAGGGGCUAGUGGUAGCGAAACGAAAUCCGAAUCUGUGACCCUGUCCUGUCUCUCCGACUGGCCGUCUGACCUCACCUCUUCCGUCUCCCGCAUCCACGCAGUACAAUUUCUUCGAGCUGUGCUCGAGCUCAAUCAAUCCCUCGACCCCGCGAUCGAGACACAAACCGAGACGCUGGACGCACGGCUCGUCUCCCUACUCAUGCGCUUACCCUUAACCCCCUCCAUAACCGACGCAUCCACCAUCGACGAGAUGGCCUUCCAGGCUCUAAUGAUCACCUACCUAAGCCUGAUCCACCUCCACCACCCCCAUUCAACAAUCCGCUUCGCCUCCUACCAACGCGCAAACCCCCAAGCCACCACGACGACAACCAACCCCUCCUCAUCCUCCUGCACAAGACUCCGCGUCCUCAGCCCAUCAUCAUCAACAGCAUCCGCAUCCGCAUCCGCAUCAUCAACACCCGAUCCCACGAACCCCACCCCUUCCCCCCACCUCCCGCUCAACAUCCACGCCCAGAAGAUGCUCCGAGCCGCCGACCUGAUCUCCAACCUAGCCACACUCCCCAGCUCCGUGCAGUCUCGCACCCCCUUCUUCACAUGCGCCCUGGCGCUCGCCAUCGUCGUGCACACGGCGACCUUCAUGAUGUGCGUCUCGUCGUCGUCGUCGUCUUCACCCGCUCCUCCUGCAUCUUCGACCAAGGGCGCCAAAGAAGAUGCCCUGAAAGCGCGCAUCGAGCUGGGAGUCGGCGCGCUGCAGGUGCUAGGCCGAGUGUGGCCGCUAGCGAAACAGGUGCGGGGGGAGAUGAUCGAGCUGUAUCGCGGAAGGUGAAAUUCACGUCGCCACCUUGACGAAGCACACGAGACAGCCACCAGACAGAGACAAAGACGGGAGAGUCGGGUUUGCUUACACGGCUGCUUCCAAUGUGACCAUUUAACCACAAUAACGUGGAGUCAUCGUAUGUGAUGGAGGGAAUGUCCCUAAAUCAAGGGUUGGCAACAGCCGCUUUUCCUUCUUUCAUCCUCACGUCUCGAUCUAUUCUUGCAUUCGCAUUUGGGAUGGCUUUAGUUGGUAGAUAGCACAGCACAGCACAGAGCGAUUCGUUCUUCUUGCAUUAUAUAUAUACCAUAUCAUAUCAUACGUUCUUGCAAUAUACGCGGAAUUCAUGGAAGGGUAUCUUUUCCCUUUUCCACCUUUCUCCUUGUUGUUUUGUUGUUUUGUUUUGUUGUUUCUACUCUAGCUUAGUAGAGGAUUCUCUCAGUAUUGCUAGGUCCUUUCACAAUGUUGACAAUUCCGG